AUGACAGCCCACACCCGACUGUGGAGGACGGUGGCCUGCGUCCUGUUCUUUCAAGAUGCCCUCAGCGGCGCCCUGUUCCUUCCCGUGCUCCCGUCCUUGGUCGGACAGCUGCUAGGCAUGGAGAGGGACACCGUGGGCUUCUCGACAGCUUGGGUAGUGGCUGUUCUGCUGGCGUCGUACUACGUGGGCCGCUCGGGAACUCUUACCGCUGCGGUGCGGCUCUGCGCAUCAGGAUCGUCGCGGGCACCAGCAGCGAUACCUCCGUCGCUUCUGACGGUCGGCGUUCUGCUGGUGCUCUCCGCCUCGGCCUACACAGGUUGUGGCAUCGUCGUCGUCGUCGUCGAUCACGAGCAGCAGCUUACGACGUCGAGCUUGUACGUGUUGUUGUAUUUCUGUCUGUUUCGAGCGUUGACCGGUGCUCUGGCCGCUGGGCACAGAAUGUCCGCUUGCCGUUGCCUCGAUCACGCCGCACUUCUGGAGUCAGCUCCGACAACUAUCACCACCGCGGCAAAGCUCGGUAGUAGGUCUUGGCAAGAGUCCGCGGGAGCCGUGGGCGGCCUCGUAGCGGGCUGCGCCCUAGCCGGCGGCCUGUUCGAGUACUCCGACCCCUCCCGGCCGACGCUCCUCCUGUGCCUGGCGGCGGCGGCAGCACACGCGGCGGCGUUGCCGCUGGUCCUCCUCGUCGCGUGGAGGAACUGCUGCAGAAGCAGAAGCGGCACGGUCGACGGCGGCGGUGGCUACUCCACGGUGCAGGGGACGCCGGGCGGGAGCGAUGCCGAGGUCGAGCUGAUGGGACGUCCGCCGUGGAGCGCCCGUGAUGAUUCCUUUGACGGUGGGAGAGGUGAUUCGGCUGCUGCUGCUGCUGCCGCUACCCCGGGCGCGGGCAGCGAGGAGAGGGUAGUAGACAUCCCCGGGCGUUAUCUCCGGGGGUGUGCCGGGGACCCGGUCGAGGCUGAGCGGCGCUGGAGGCUGACGUUGGAAUGGAGAGCGAAAGAGCGAAUCGACGAGGUCUUGCGAGAGCCCCAGCCGCACUUCGAGCUGAUCAAGCGCCACUACCCUCACUACAUCCAUCGCCGGGCGCGCAACGGGUGCCCCGUGUGGAUCGAGUUGCCCGGCCGCAUCGACCUCCCGGCGAUACGAUCGGCCGGCGUGAGCCCCGAGGCCCUCCAGCGGCACUACGUCUUCGUGACCGAGUACAUGUGGGGGGUUCUGGAGCCGGACUUCGAGAACGGGCAGGCGGUGACGGUGCUGGACGUGCAAGGGCUGGGGAUGCGCGAUCUCGCGGGGGAAGCCCUGGGUUUCGUCAAGCAAGCAACGGCGAUCGUACAGGACCACUACGUGGAGAGGAGCAACCGUAUGUUCAUCGUGAACGCACCGUCCUAUUUCAGUCUCAUCUGGCGUGUCAUUCGCCCCAUGCUCAACGAGCGGACCCAGGCCAAGAUCGGCAUCAUCAACACGGACGCCAAGAAGAUCGCGGCGGCGCUCCUGGAGUGCAUCGCCCCGGAGAACCUGCCCCGGCAGUACGGCGGCACGUGCCCCCUAGACCUGGGCGAGAGCGAGGAGGAGCUAGACUUGCGCACGUACGUGGCGAGCAUCGCCACCGCCACCGCCGCCGGUCCUGGUUCGCACGCCGGGGCGCCGCCGACGCCGACGCCGCCGCCGUCCGGUUUAGAAGCGCUACGGUCCAACGAAGAAGAGGAGGAGGAGGUCGAGGUUGAUUUCCGCGCUCGUUCGGAGCCGACCGCGAGAGCGGGAGGGGUAGGUCCGCGAAAUAACGGCUUGCCGGCGGCGGCGGCGGCCGGCGCGGUGACGAAGGGCAGAGGUCCGGCGGAAUCGGGCGUGCUCGGCGGCGGCGGCGGCGCCGGGCUAGAAGAAACGGGCGGCGGGGGUUUGGUUGCCGCGGGGCGGCCGCCGGGCGCCGCUCGUCGUGUUCUUGGCUCGGUGCGCGGGGCGCUGGGCUGGGCCGGGGGCAAGCUGGCGUGGCGGCGCUCCACCGUCGCGCACCUCGGGCAGGAGAACGGCUUCCAGUACGACUCGGAGCAGCACCGGUGGGUUCUCCGGGACGAUAUGGCCGGCGGUGGCGGGGGAAAGGCGGGGGCGGUGGAAGGGGGAGGUGCGAGUGAGGGUGGGGGAGAGAGGGUGGGGCAGACGACAUCGACUCGGCGGGAACGCGGUGCGAGCGUUUCUUCGGAGGAUAUGACGGUCUUGGCCAUACAGGCGGCCCACCAUUCCUUGGUCGAGGCCGGCUUGAAACUCUCUCCGGUGCCGAGCGAAUCACCGGCGGUUCUCGGCAGUAGCAGCGGUGUCGCCGCCGCCAGGGACGACGGAGGGUUCCCCUCCCGCCUGUCCUACGGCGGGAAGCCCGGGACGUUUCCGGGCGGGAUAGCCGCUGGAGAGGACCACCACUACUGCUACCCGCAGCCGGUGUCCAGCCUGAGCGUGCCGUGCCCGUGCCUGAGGCCGCUCGGGCGCCGAGCCUCUCGGCCCGACGUGGCCACCGUUCUGUACGCCUCGAGCGCCGCCGUCCGCGAGGCGUUGCCGGUGUGGCUGCUCGCAGGGGUGGAGGCCGGAGGGUUAGGCGCGUCGCCGCCGCGAGUCGGGCUUGUAUUCGCGGCGGGGGCGCGGGUGGCGGCGGCUGGCCGAGGGGCAUCGGGAUGUUGUUGCGGAGCUCAAUAUCCCGGCCAGGCAGGGGGCGGCAGCGGCGGCGGCGGCGGCGGCGGGGGAGGGGCGGGGCGCCGGCUCUUGUACGCCGUGUGGACGCGGCUCGCGAGCGUGGUGGUCCUUGGGGCGGUUUAUCUGCUGCCAAGGAUCGUGCCCGAGGCGGUCGCGGCGGCGUUCAUCCCGCCCGCGGUGCUGUGGCUGGCGGUGGCGGCGGUGGUCGCCGCGAAUCACGCCUCGCUCGAGCUGUGCACGGCAGCAGCAGCGGCGGCGGCGGCGGCGGCAGUGGCGGGGGCAGCCUCGGCUGCUUCAUCAACAGCCGGAUCCCGGCAUCGGCGCCCGAUGUUCGUCAGCAGGACCACCAGCAGCAGCAGUCAUGGCCCCAGCGACGAGAGGACGAGAUCGACGAGCAGCGCGAGCUGCGGCAGCGGCUUCGUUGGGGCCAGCCGGGGGCCGCGGGCGCGGGGUUCAUCGUUGGCGACGGCGAGCGGUUCGAACCUGUUCGUCGGGGACGUUCUCGGGUCGAUCGCCGGGCCGUUGGUGCUCGCGCUCGCCAUGUGGGCGGGACAGAGGUUGCCGUUGGAGCCCUCGCUCUGGCUCGCUUUGUGCCUGUGCGGGGACUUGUGGCUCGUGGCGGGCGCGAGGGAGGCCGAGCCGCGGCACGCGACACUGUUAGGUGGCGAAGAAGAGGAAGACGAGGAAGAGGAGGAGCGCAGAAGGUCGCGACGUUUCGCGCAGUUCGUGUGAAUGUUAACUAAGCCCACAGGGGCACCCGUACUGAAUAGGACAGGAAGAACUUGGCAGCACAGCAAGUACUGCGGCGUUGUUCCGCGUGUGGUAGGUUUUUAAUCUGUUCCCUCGUGUUUGCAUCAUGAAGAUAAUCUUGUUGUCGGGAUUGUGAUACAAAAGCGAGGCGGGGCGGGGGUGCUCGGUUGUUGUACGUAUUUCACGGUGGCCGUUUAGCCUUUGUUGUAUCGUUGUCGUUUGUAGUAUAGCGUGGUCGUUCGUGUUUUUCUCGUCACACUACUGUGGUUGCGUCUCUCCACCGCGGAGUUAUUUUUGAAAGUUGCCUGUUUGUUGAGCUUGAUGAAAAGUGCAGCACCGUAGUGCUUGAUUGUCGCCCCCCAGCAUACUUGUGUUGCUGCUGGAAUGAAUGGCAUGUUGUGAAGAGGCUGCUUGUAGGAACACAGGGGCCCGAAAGGAGGGGGACAUAGACCGCCGUCCCC